ACCAAUGCGGAACCGAAUUUAAAAUCAGAACUUGAAAGUUUCCUUCCAAUUUCCAGGAAAGUUGCCUUGUAACCGGUUAUAAGGAGAGCGAGCAGUUCCGAGGGGAAAUUAAAGUGUGGCUUUUUCGGAAGCGAGGUUGUAGGACAAUUAUUAGAUACAUAAGCACUUAUUGGAAGAGAGAAGCCUUAACAAGUUUAUUUCUUAUAGUACCGGCGUCGAACAGGAUGCAGAGUUUGAAACAACAAGACUACUACCGGGCGUGUACAUUCACUGGUAUACCCGGCCAUAUGAUGUUUCCCGAUCCAACCUAUGGUAAAACAGCAUGGACUCCUCAAUCAACACCUCCAAAUCAAGCUUACCACCCAAAUCCAUUACAAGGUAUAGGCAAAUCACCUUUAGAUUCUUCAAAUACUCCAUGGAGACCUCAAGGAAGUGGUCAAAUCCAGCUUUGGCAGUUUUUACUGGAACUACUUUCAGACAGCGCCAACUCGGCAUACAUCACAUGGGAAGGCACCAAUGGUGAAUUUAAGUUAAGCGACCCUGAUGAAGUGGCUAGAAGAUGGGGUGAAAGGAAAAGCAAACCAAAUAUGAACUACGACAAACUCAGUCGUGCUCUGCGUUACUACUACGACAAAAAUAUUAUGACCAAAGUUCAUGGCAAGCGUUAUGCUUAUAAAUUUGACUUCGCAGGACUUGCUCAAGCCAUGCAGCCCCAGACCAGCGAUCCUACAGCUUACAAAUAUCAACAAGACUUUUUCAUGUCCUCUCAUUACCACAAUCCUAAACUGAACUUUAUGAACACACAUACUCCCAUGCCGUCAUCUACCUCGGGACUUUUUGCAUCGCCUUCAAGUUACUGGUCAUCAGCUAGCAGUGCUAAUCUCUACCACAACAUCCCAAACCACGCCAUGUCUCAUCACCCUAGUCACAUGACCUCUCAUCUAGGAGCCUAUUAUUCAUGAGAAUCAAGUUAGACUUGUUUCUUCUUCUAUUCAGGACUAGAAACCAUGUGAUUGAAAACUAUGAAGGAGAAAAACAGGGAUAUUCUAGAUUUAAGAUGUGAUAUUAUUGACGAAUGGAGCCCGGAUUCUUAAAUGUGAAUUUAGAGUGAAAUGGGCCUUUAAUCGAGUAGGUCUUAUCUCUAAAACAAAUUGAAUCAUCUAAGGUCGGCAAAAUUAAUGGAAGGAAAUGUUCGUCGACAGGGACAGAUUUAAAUGGCGGAUCAAUAACCGAUUUUCGUAUCUCCGCCUCUAUAGAGUUCCAUUGCUGAUAUGUAUCUAAGGCAGCGGAAGGAAGGGACAAGAAAAAUAUUCUACAAUUAAUUUUGUCUCGCGAUGUAUUCAGCGAAAUCCUUAAAGCUAUCUGACGCUUAGUAAAUUGGAUUUCCUAUCAAGUUAGCCGACUUGUGUGUUCAAACAUGGCAUAGAGACAAUUAUCGGGUUCGUAAGUGCCUUGAUGUAGAGAUAGUUGGCGAUGUUAUGUCGAAGCACUAGUGUCCGUUAUAAAUAAGAGCCCCAAAUGAUCUAUGUUUGAUUUAAGACGGUCGUAUCAAGAUGACUAAUACUUCAGGGCAAAGCGGUGAAAUAUCGAGUCAAUUUAAGGCAAUGGAGUAUCUGUUACCAGGAUAAAUCACUCGUUUUCAAUGAUUAACAGUAUCUUGUGACUGUAAUAAGUCAAUUAUUAAUCAACCUUAUAACAUGAUACAUGCUGUAUUAAAGAUACAUUUCUCAAAUUAUAAAUCAUAAAGUCUUUAAAAUGGUUUAUAUAUUCUCUGGUAUUCUCUCCCCAUUUAGUUCUAAAAUUUAUAAAAUUAAAGACAAACUCAUGACCUUCAGCUAUUACCUAGUAAAUACACAAAGUAUUUUAAAUUUUAGAAAAUUCAGAAAAAUCAAUUAGGAAACAAUCAGAAAAUAAUUAUGUUACAUAUUGUAAAUGUAUUGCACUAUUCCUUAUUUUCAAUAUAUUUUCUAAAUGUGUUAAACGUCAGCGGCAGAGUAUACUUAAUUGUAAUAUAUUUAAACUCUUAAUAUUUAAUAUGCAAGUUAAUAUUAAGACUAUUUAUUGAAUAUGGCUCAAAUAUAUCUUAUUUCAAAAUAUACUUAAAUUAUAUAUCGUCCAAAAAUUUGUAAUA